AUGGUGAGAGGGAAGACGCAGUUGAAGCGUAUAGAGAACGCAACAAGCAGACAAGUAACAUUCUCAAAGAGAAGAAAUGGUUUGAUGAAGAAAGCUUUUGAGUUAUCAGUUCUGUGUGAUGCUGAGGUUGCUCUUAUUGUUUUCUCACCAAGAGGAAGACUUUAUGAAUUUGCAAAUUCAAGCAUUCUAGAAACAAUUGAACGAUACCGCAGUCAUACCAGGAUUAACAAUACUCCAACAACAACUGAAUCUGCUGAAAAUAUUCAGCGUUUGAAGGAAGAAGCAGAAAACAUGAUGAAAAAGAUUGAUCUUCUUGAGACUUCUAAACGAAAAUUCUUAGGAGAAGGUUCAGGGAGUUGUUCCAUUGAUGAACUACAAAGGAUAGAGCAACAGUUGGAGAGGAGUAUAACCGUAAUUCGAGUUAAAAAGGCUGAGGUUUUCGGUGAACAAAUUGAUCAGCUAAAAGAAAAGGAAAAAGCCCUAGUUGCUGAAAAUAGCAGGCUCUCUGAGAAGUAUGAUAGUUUUUCAUCACAGCAAGCAAAAAAGGAUGAUAGAGAAAAUGUAGUUGAGGUUGAAAGUUAUGCAGAUCAAAGUAGUCCAAUUUCAGAUGUGGAGACUGAACUAUUCAUUGGUUUUCCAGAAACAAGAACACGGCGCAUUUCUCCAAACUUGAGGACUAAUUAA